AUGGAGGACGCGGAGGCUUCCAGCCCGCCCGAGGUUCUACCUCAUAACCGCGCUCUUCCGUCGCCUCCUCGACCUCAACCGCGACCCUCCACUCGACGGGCACGUCCAAGGGUCGGAUUCGCGUCAAGCCCAUAUCUGCGCGUGGUCUUAAUGUCAUCUCCGUACGACCGACCUUAUGUCGUCGUUCAAUUCGAGCAGAACGAGUUCGUGAGUCGCGAUCCCACAGACGAAAUGGACGAAGAGGUCACCAAUGCCACGUUCCGACUCAUUGUCCUUGGAUUCAUGCUGGCGAACAAGUGGCUUGACGACCAUACCGUCUCCAACAAGACAUGGCACACUAUCUGCAAACUUUCCGUCUAG